AUGACGUCGAAUCUGUCCAAGAAAAGACAACGACCGGAAUCAGAUGCGGCGCGAACACCUUCCAAGCCUGCUCCCGUUGUGUUCCGUACACCUGGCGAAACGGUCGACACUCUUCUGAGUGUUCUCGGUCAAGACUACCAUGUUUACUCCUCGAUCCUGAAGCGUCAUUCCAACUUCUUCCGAAAGUUCCUCGACUCGCCUGACAAAUCUGGAAAACCUGCGUCCGCUCAAUUCCGUUACCACUAUGUCACCGUGAUUGACAAAGAUGACGCGAAGGCCUGGUUUUUGGAAUCCUCGGAAAUGGUAGGCCCACAUGGCUGUAUUUAUUAGCAUAACAAACUAAUCAUGGGCCUAGGGAACACCAGCAACCGCCGAUCAGAUUGCUGGAUUGACAGACAUGGAUCAGCAAUCCGACGCAUUUUCCGAUUUGCUCAAAGCAAUGUACCACCGGCCAUUCAAAGUUCAAAACUUUUCUCACCUACUAGUAAUAACUGCUAUCGCUGAUAUAUACUGCGCCUUGCCUAUUCUGUCGGCAGCUUUGAGUGGAGCACUCUUGGGAAGCAGAAUGUUUGAAAAGAACAAAUCAAAUAUUUGGAGGACAGUCAUAACUUCACAUCCGAAUUUCUUCAAAAGGAGCACGACAUAA